UCGCCGUUCGCCCACCGCUAAGAAAUCCGCCGAAAUAAAUAAAAAAAAAGCGGACGCCAAGUCCAAGUUCCCCCGUUCCCCGGAUGCAGUGCAGCGAGUCUUGGGUCCCUGAGAAUCCUGCGUGGGCCUGGGAUUCCCAUUUCGAUUCCGAAUCCGCGUACGCCCAUCUGCGGAUCCUGGUCUCGGCCUCAGCAUCCGCAUCCGCAUCCUUUGCCGCCUUCCAUCCCGCACAGCAUCCGCAUUCGAAUCCGCGGCCCCAAGAAGACGUCUGUCCACGAUGAGCACCAGCGAAGGGAGUGGCCCUCGGAUUCGGAAUGGAAAUGGUGACGCGGAUGGGAACCUCAGCCUGAUGCAGGACCUCCAGAACAAGUACGCCUUCCUCGAGAAUCUUUUCAGCAAGUUCUGGAAGACCAUCAUCAAGUCGAACUCCAAUCUCAAGCUGCAGCUGCGCAAUGUCAAGUGGAAGAAUGCCAAGGCGAAGCCCGGUUGUGCCUACCAGCCAACGGAGAUUGAGCAGGUGGCCAAUGUGAUUACUCAUGGGAUUUGGAUACUGCCCGCCGUGUUUGCGGCCAUAAAGCUCUUCGAACGCUCAUCCAGUGCCAGCCAGUAUUUGGUUUCGUGGGUCUAUGGCGGUGCCCUCUGCAUGCUCUUCACGGUCUCAACCUUCUUCCACUGCUCCUGCUACUGCGCCGAGCACAAACCCCCGAGGAAUGUCAAGGCCUGGCCCAAUCUCGGCUGGCAGACGACUUACCAGGGCCUGAAGAACGUACUCCAUCGCUGCGACAGGGCCAUGAUCUAUGUGUUCAUCGCCGGCUCCUACUUCCCCUGGCUCACGCUGGAGAACACCGACCAUUCGGCCAUACUCUUCUGCAUGGAAUGGGUCAUCUGGCUGAUGGCGGGCGUGGGCAUAGCCUACCAGCAGCUGUUCCACGAGCGCUACAAGUGCCUGGAGACGUUCUUCUACCUGGUGAUGGGCCUGGGACCGGCUCUAGUGGUCGUGUUCACCGGGCACCACUUCCAUGGGAUGCUGCAGCUGAAGUUCGGCGGCGCCUUCUACAUCCUGGGCAUCGUGUUCUUCAAGGCCGACGGCCUGAUACCGAUGGCCCAUGCCAUUUGGCAUCUGUUCGUGGUGCUGGCCGCCGGCUGUCACUACUAUGCCAUCCUGGUGAAUCUAUAUCCCGGCGAGGGAGCCAUCGUCGAACCGUGAGAAUGACAAGGCAGGGAACGCAGCGAAUUUUUAGAUCUUAGAGUACUUAACGUAACAGGGAUUCGAUUUUGUCAGCCAUGUGUAAAAGGUAUUCCUACGAUGAUGAUGAUGAUGUACCCGAUUCUCUGCUCCACAAUUAGCCAAAUUUUUUUUUUCCAACGAGCGAGUACGAUUAGAAUAGUAGCCAUUAGCAUUACGAACUAAACUAAACUAAACUAAAUCGAAACGAAACGAUUCAUGUGAUCAGUAUCUGCGGUCUUGCCAAAGAUUCAAAUUGUGCGAGUGCUCACGUCUCUCUCCCUCUCUAUCUAUCUUGAUAUUAUUAUCUAUAUUCCUAUAUAUACUAUAUAUAUAUUUAUAUUGACCAUGUACCAGCUCCCCGUUUGGCCAUGUGUUUCUCAAAAAAAGACUUUGAUCCGUACUCAAAAGGCGAAACGACACAAAGAAAGUAAAAUUGUACAAAUAUCCGAAAGUUUACAACCUGAAUUUAAUCGCCCACCCCGCGCCUUUUGAACAUUAGAAGCCCGCCUAGCCUGCAUUACAUUAUACAUGUUUAUACAGAUUAUACAGAUAUAUACAAUA